AUCUUCCACCUCUAUAAAAUCCCCAUUUUUGCACACCCCUUUUGCUCUUCAUAAAAUUACAACUUCCUUUCUUUCUCCAUCUUCACACAAACAACAAUAUUAAUAACAAUAAUGCUUCUUCUUCUUGGUUUGUUUAGUCUCUUUAUCCUCCUCCUUUGCCUCCAAUGGAGCCAUCCCAAACACAAACUCCUCCCACCCGGCUCCAUGGGUUGGCCUUACAUCGGCGAAACCUUCAAACUCUACACCCAAAACCCAAACUCCUUCUUUUCCAUUAGACAAAAAAGAUAUGGGGAUGUUUUUAAGACACAUAUAUUGGGUUGUCCGUGUGUGAUGAUUUCAAGUCCAAAGGCUGCAAGAGUAGUGCUUGUGAGUAAAGCUCAUUUGUUCAAGCCAACUUAUCCACCAAGUAAAGAGAAAAUGAUCGGUCCUCAAGCUUUGUUUUUCCAUCAAGGUCCUUACCAUUCUUAUCUUAAGAAGUUGAUUCAAUCUUCCUUUUUGCCAUCUGCCAUUAAACACUCUAUUUCUCAAAUUGAGAACAUUGUUCUUCACCUUCUCCCCUCUUGGAGUAACUCCCAAAUCAACACCUUGCAACAAAUGAAAAGGUUUGCUUUUGAUGUGGCGAUGAUAUCAGCUUUCGGAGAUCAACAAGAUUUGGAAAUUGAGAGAAUCAAGCAUUUGUACCAAUGUCUUGAAAAAGGCUACAAUUCUAUGCCUCUCGAUCUUCCCGGAACGCCUUUCCAUAAAGCAAUGAAGGCAAGGAAGGUGUUGAGUGAAACAUUGGGGAAAAUGAUAGAGAAGAGACGGCGGAACAAAGAGCAUGGAGGUGGGUUGUUGGCGGUGCUACUCAGCGGUGGUGGUGGGGAGGAAGAAGAGAAAAAGAAGCUAAGUGAUUCUCAAAUAGCAGAUAAUAUAAUAGGAGUAAUAUUUGCAGCACAAGACACAACAGCAAGUGUAUUAACAUGGAUCCUUAAAUAUUUACAUGACAAUCACCACCUUCUAGAAGCUGUUAAGAAGGAGCAAGAUGCAAUUUAUGAAAGGAAACUGUGCGAAGGGAAGCGUGGGCUUUCAUGGGAUGAUACAAGGCGCAUGCCUUUCACUAGUCGGGUGAUCUUAGAAACCCUAAGAAGAGCAAGUGUAGUGUCGUUCACAUUUAGAGAAGCAGUAGAAGAAGUUGAAUUUGAAGGAUAUUUAAUACCCAAAGGAUGGAAAGUUCUUCCACUCUUCAGAACCAUUCAUCACUCUCCUGAUUUUUUCCCACAUCCCCACAACUUUGAUCCUUCAAGAUUCGAGGAGCCACCUAGACCAAACACGUACAUGCCGUUUGGCAAUGGAGUGCACUCGUGUCCAGGCAGUGAGAUGGCUAAGCUUGAAAUGCUUGUUCUUCUCCACCACCUCACCACCACUUACAGAUGGAAAGUAGUGGGAGAGGAAUCUGAAAUACAAUACGGUCCAUUUCCUGUACCAAAAGGUGGCUUACCUAUAAAAGUAUAUCCAAGGAAGAAGAAGUUUACUUCUUAGAAUUGAUGAACAAUAUUCAGAGUUAUCAUUAGACAAGCUGAAAGCUGAAAAAAAAAAAGAAAAAAAGAAGAAAAAAAGAAAAAGAGCACGAGUAGUCCUUUGUCUUUUUUUUUUUUUUUUUUUUUUAUUCCCCCAUCUUCAACACCAUUUUCCAAUUUAUUAACAUCCUUGUGUAUUAUUAAUUAUUAACUUUUUCUUUUUGUGUACUACCUUUUUGUCUCGUUUUGCAUUAAUUGCCAAAGCAGUUAUGUUCAUUGAGCCUCAAACUUCAGUAUGUUUAUAUUCAAUGAGGAAAAACAAAGGAAACCCGUCUUCUAAUAGAAAAUUUCGAGGUCUUUGAGGAUGAAAUGUGAGUGGUCAAGAAUCAUGGAUAAGGUUGGCUUUGCUUUGAUUUUGGUUGAUAUGUGGCUGUCUGUCUGAGCUGAGACCCCUCCACAAGGCAGGCCCUCCUCCCCCUCUUUGAAGUGUGAAAGGCCAAAGGACAAAGCUUGGCCCUGCUGUAACGAGACCCACGAGGAGGUAAUAAUAAUAAGGUUUAAAUACAACUUUGGGUUGGGUUUUGUUCUACAAAUAUUUGUUUUAAUCCUUAUAUUUUCAAUUUUGAUUUAUUUCUAUCAUCAUACUUUAAAAGUCGAUACUUUUAAAAAAUUGACUGGAGUUUUAGGAUCAAAAUGGAUCUAACAUAAAUAUUUAAAAAGUAAAAGUAUUCAAAUAAUCCAAAAUACAAAAGACUAAAGUAAUAUUUAAAGGGUGGUGCUUGGAGACAUAAAACAUCAUAGUACGGUGUGCUCCCUAGAAUUCCACGUAGUGUUGUGUCAGGGCAUCAGAAUUGUAGGCCUUUCUUAGUCGCUUACCAUUCAGAUUAAGGCAUUUUUGGAACUUACAAUCAUUGUUAUUAUGAAUUGUAUUUGAAAGAGAGACAAUAUCUGUCAAUCAACUUUGUUUGUUUUUAA